AGAUGGCGGCGACCGCGUGACGGCCUGAGCCCCCGCGCGGCCCCGCUCCGAACACGCGCUGCCCGACGGACUCCGCAGGGCCGCGAAGGGACGAGAGCGGGACUCUGGGGUCGUUUGUUAACUGUGUUUGACUGAAGUUUGCCUCCCUCGGGCAUAUUGGGGAGGAGUGGCUGGUUCUCAGUACUAGAGCACCGUGAGCCACGGACUGGUCCGUAUUUGUAGCUUUGGGGCCCUUGAUAAUUGGGAAAAUGGCGAUGACACUGUUGGAAGAUUGGUGCAGGGGAAUGGAUGUGAACUCCCAGAGAGCCCUGCUGGUUUGGGGGAUCCCAGUGAACUGUGAUGAGGCUGAAAUCGAAGAGACCCUCCAGGCUGCGAUGCCCCAGGUGCCCUAUCGAGUGCUUGGGAGAAUGUUCUGGAGGGAAGAAAAUGCAAAAGCAGCCUUGUUAGAGCUCACUGGCGCUGUCGAUUACGCCGCCAUCCCCAGGGAGAUGCCGGGUAAAGGGGGAGUCUGGAAAGUGGUCUUUAAGCCUCCGACUUCCGAUGCAGAAUUUUUAGAAAGGUUGCACCUCUUCCUAGCCAGGGAGGGGUGGACCGUGCAAGAUGUUGCCCGUGUCCUUGGGUUUCAGAACCCCGCUCCGGCCCCGGGCCCAGAAAUGCCAGCAGAGAUGCUAAACUAUAUUUUGGAUAAUGUUAUUCAGCCUCUUGUUGAGUCCAUAUGGUACAAGAAGCUGACACUCUUCUCGGGGAGGGACAUCCCCGGGCCUGGGGAGGAGACCUUUGAUCCCUGGCUGGAGCACACUAAUGAGGUCAUAGAAGAGUGGCAGGUGUCUGACAUAGAAAAGAGGCGGCGGCUGAUGGAGAGUCUUAGAGGCCCUGCGGCCGAUGUCAUCCGCAUCCUCAAGACUAACAACCCUGCCAUAACCACCGCCGAAUGCUUGAAGGCGCUUGAGCAGGUGUUUGGGAGCGUGGAAAGCUCCAGGGAUGCGCAGGUCAGAUUUCUGAACACUUAUCAGAACCCGGGAGAAAAGUUAUCAGCCUAUGUCAUUCGUCUGGAGCCUCUGCUACAGAAGGUGGUGGAGAAGGGGGCCAUAGAUAAAGAUAAUGUGAACCAGGCCCGCCUGGAGCAGGUCAUUGCUGGGGCCAACCACAGCGGAGCCAUCCGAAGGCAGCUGUGGCUGACUGGGGCUGCGGAAGGGCCGGCUCCUAACCUCUUCCAGUUGCUGGUGCAGAUACGUGAGGAAGAGGCCAAGGAGGAGGAGGAGGCAGCCGAGGCUGCCCUCCUGCAGUUAGGCCUGGAGGGGCACUUCUGAGUCCCAGGAAGGGAACUUAAUGCGGACCUCGAUCAUAGCUGCUUCCUUGUCUGUUCUGUUUGACAUCGAUAGGUGUGAUUCUUUGUAGUAGAACGACUUAGCCAUGUUCUGGGGGGAUUCAGUUCUUAAUGUGACAUUUGUAAAAUCUCCAGUGAGCACCCCGAGCUGCUACAAGUGAGUCAUGUUAGCUACAGUGCCAGGUUAGAUGCUUGGGCACAAGUGCUCAGUGCAAGCUGUCAUCGUGGUGUCACCAGUUGUGUGAAACGUGAACUUGUGACGCCGUAGAGGUAAUAAGAACUUGCAUGUUCAGAUGUUUAGAGCAAGGCCUGGCUAACUCAAGAAGUGUUCAGUAAAAGUGUGAGCUGUUUGUUGUUACUAAUACGGUGAAUUUAUGUGUGUGUUUACUGUAAAUUUUUCCUGGGAGGAAAUGUGAAUUUAUUAUAAUUAUACAACUUUACAGUGUAAAUUUCUUACUUUGCAUCUUCAAAACAUCUGGUUCCAUUUAAUUGAAAAGUAUUCUGAGACUACAAAAUAAGGUGUUAGAAAAAUACAGCAUUUAUAGUGCUGUGUAAAUCAGUUUUUGACUCUACAAGAUAAAGCUGUAAAUUGCAUGGGGAGAUUAAUAUGAACCAGUUAUGUAUCCAUUCCCCUAUUUCAAAUCUUUGUCAUUGAAUAGUUAUUGUUCAUGCUGCUGAUUCUACAAGUGUUCUAAACAAAGAUAAACAGUUAAUAUUCAAAUAAAAAGUUUAAAAGUUGUAUAGUCUCACUUUUCUGACUUGCA